UCUUCCCACACAAAGCCCCCUCCAGGCUUGCCUACAGCCGUCACAGUCAGUGUUAAUGACUAACCGCAGAGCUGUCCCCCUCAGCUCACAGCACACCACACAACACAAUGAAACUGCUCGUCUGAAGAAAACCUGCAAUCCAAUUGGCCUCUUAGGUUUAUCAAGGAGAAUCCCAACCAGAGAGACCAAUCAUGGUUGAGAUAAGCAAGCCUCUCCUCCUGCUCGCUCUUCUGACCGCGGCGGCUGCGAACCGCGUGUACGUGCACCCCUUCGGCAUGUUCGCCCUGGGGAACGGCAGCUGCGAGAACACGCAGGUCCCGGCCCGAAGGCCGCUGCAGACCGUAUCCCUGCCGUCCAUCGAAGACGGCAUGGUGCCCGACCCUCCGUACACAGACACGGAACAGAAGGGUAACGUCACCCAGACAACCGCAGUCCUGGCGCAACUCCUCAACUUCCUGGGUCAGCGGCUCUACAGCGAGCUGAGAAAGCACGAGGCCCCCAACGCGGUCUUCUCUCCUGUUAACGCCUACGGAACCCUGGUCACCUUCUACCUGGGGGCCUGGGGGGCCACAGCCGGUCAGCUGCAGAAGUUCCUGGGGCUGGAGAAAGAGACGGACCCGGCGGACUGCCUGACGCCGUUCGACGGGCACAAGGUGCUGCGCACUCUCCGCUAUAUCAACGGCCUGGUCGACGGGACCACGGACGAGUUAUGGACCAAGACCUGGGUCCUCAGCGCCGCCAACCUGUCUGAGAGCUUCGUCCGGGGAGUCAGGGAAUUGUCAGACACCUCCCACACCCAAGCAGCGGACCUCUCCCAGCCACUGCGCAUCCAGUCCCAGCUCAACGCCUUCAUGGACAUGGCAUCGGAAGGGAAAAACAAACUCCAGGGCAUAAACUCCACCUCCGACCUCCUGUUCGCCAGCUCUGUGCACUUCAAGGGGAAGUGGAAGACGAUGUUCAGACCAGAGGCAACCUCCCUGCAGGAGUUCUGGAUCGAUGACAAGACCAGCGUCAAGGUUCCUCUUAUGACCCACACAGGAAAGCACAGCCACCUGGAUGACAAGCACACAAAGUGCACGGUCCUCAAAUUGGCCCUGAGCAGCAAUGCCUACAUGCUGCUGGUCCUGCCCCACCAGGGGGCCCAGCUGGACUCCAUUGAAGAUAUGAUCAUAGUCCACAUCUCAGAGUGGUCCCAGCACCUGAAGGAAGGGCUUGUGGAGGUCUCUCUCCCCAAGCUGUCCCUGAAUGUAGUGAGUGAUCUGCAGGGCAUCCUCUCCGGCAUGGGUCUUCCCACUCUGCUGGGCACUGGGGCCGACUUUAGCCAGCUCAGCACAAAGGGGAACUUCACUGUGGGCAUGGUUUUAAACGAGGUGGUGCUGGACAUGUCUGAGGGUGGAUCGGAGCAGCAGGACGAGCCCCAAGGCGCUGAAACAGCACUGAAGCUGACGUUCAACAGGCCCUUCAGCUUCGUCGUCAUAGAGGGGAGCUCCGGGGCUGUCCUCCUGCUGGGGAGGAUAGGGAACCCUGCAAAGUGAGCUUUCUCCGAACCCCCACGCUACGCUGUAUGGCUGAAGACACACACACAGGCCGGGGAGGGCAGGACCGACGGAAGACCCUGUUACACUGCUGUCAUUCCACUGAGACAGCAUGCAGACACCCAAAGACUGGUUAAUGUAAGGCCAAGCCAUUCAUAUUACACAUCCAGCACUUACUUUGCUCAAAGUAUUGGUACAAUCCUUCACUCAAUGUUGGACAGACUUCAGGAAAUAUUAUGGAUUUUUUAAACAGGCUAUGAGAGUGAACGUAUUUCAAUUUGACUGAUCAUCUUACAUUGUAUUUUAACCACUCAAGUGUCAAACUCAAGUGUUGUAGCUACGGAGUACUGUCAAUAAGCCACUCUUCAUAACAGCACAUAUACAAAUGCUUAUAAUAUGGAAUAGAUAAAUGUGUAGGUUAUAUACAGUAUAUAGCUAAUGCUAUGAAUUAUCUUCACCCAAAAACUAGUCAUAUUUAAACAUUCGGUGCAUUACACAUUCAAAGUAUUGUUCGUUCAUACUAAUUUAAUAAAAAGCAAAGCAUUCAUUGAUUGUGAAAUGUUACAGUAAACAAUAUUAUUCUUGCUACAAAUUUUUCCUCUUAUACUGCAUAAAUUAUGAUCAACAGGACAGGAUUCUGUGUCCCAAUACAUUUUGUGCUUUUCUGCAUUUUGUAUUGCCUUCCAAAAAAAUACAAAAACCUGCAGGUU